GACGUCAUGUCGAAUCAGAAAGCAACAGGAAAUUCGAUCCAUUAUACAGGAAAAAAAAAACGAUUCAUUAACACGUGUUUCAUUGAAAUUUAAAAUUCAAGCAGGUACCUUUAAUUCCAGCCAUGAUGCACGCGAUAAUCCAGUGAUAUAAAGGCGCGAACGGGAAUGGCACUUUACGUUUGCACAAAACGUUUAUCACCAAUCGGUAGACACAAGAUGAGUUUCAUCAGAUGAACCGCUCCGUACCCUUGGAUUCAAUCGUACAAGUGAUACGUUGGGCUCCUGUUGUGCCAACUGCAGUUGUUGCAGUACUGUAGAGAAUAGUCGAGAAAGGAUUUCGUAUCGUUUGAGAGUCAAGUUUGCCUCACGUCGAAGUGACGGUUGGUGCGCUUCUUUUCCGACGCAAGUUUUGUUCACUUGCUUAUUGGGGGAUAUUAAAUGUGUGAUUUCUUAUUGCCUUAAUAUUUUCUGGACUGAGUAGAUCCACUAGUGCUUUCUCUUGACGCAUUUUAGAGGAAGCAGCCAUGGGCGCUCGCGAUGAAGAAUACGAUUUUCUUUUCAAAGUUGUUCUCAUUGGCGAUUCCGGAGUUGGGAAGAGUAACCUGUUGUCGCGGUUUACCAGGAAUGAGUUCAACCUCGAGUCGAAAUCUACGAUCGGUGUUGAGUUCGCGACCAGGAGCAUUCAAGUAGACAACAAAACUAUAAAGGCCCAAAUUUGGGACACAGCUGGGCAAGAACGAUACCGGGCAAUCACCUCUGCGUAUUACCGUGGUGCAGUUGGAGCACUUCUCGUAUACGACAUCGCGAAGCACAUCACCUAUGAGAAUGUUGAGCGCUGGCUGCGAGAGCUUCGAGAGCAUGCGGACCAGAAUAUAGUGAUCAUGCUCGUGGGCAACAAGUCUGACCUGCGUCAUUUGAGGUCCGUACCUACGGAAGAAGCGAAGGGUUUCGCCGAAAGGAACACGCUUUCGUUCAUUGAAACAUCUGCCUUGGAUUCUACGAACGUCGAAACAGCGUUCGUCAACAUUUUAUCAGAGAUUUACCGGAUCGUGUCUCAGAAACAGAUCAAGGAUCAGGGUGACGAUGAUGGCAGUCCUUCGUCCAACGUGCGGACUAUCCACGUUGAGCCCACGGAGCAGGCAGAAUUGCGAAAAAAACAAUGUUGCCAAUCCCUGUCCGCGUAA